ACUUGCAGCCAGCCGGCGCCUGCGCGUGCGCGUACGCGUACGCUGCGACCCGUUCGCGCGGCGAGGCGGGAAGGGGCGGGGCGCCUCGCCUGCACAAAUAGGAUGGAGGGGGCGGGGCGCCCGCAAUUUCGCGCCAAACCCGCGGCGUGCACCAAUUGUGCCCUAAAAGCUCGAGUCGAACGCUGCUGCCGGCAUGGGGCGCUCGCUAAACUGCAUCGUCGCCGUGUCCCAGAACAUGGGCAUCGGCAAAAAUGGGGACCUCCCCUGGCCCCCGCUCAGGAAUGAAUUCAAGUAUUUCCAAAGAAUGACCACAACCUCUACAGUAGAAGGUAAACAGAAUCUGGUGAUUAUGGGUAGGAAAACCUGGUUCUCCAUUCCAGAGAAGAAUCGACCUUUAAAGGACAGAAUUAAUAUAGUUCUUAGUAGAGAACUCAAGGAACCCCCACAAGGAGCUCAUUUUCUGGCCAAAAGUUUAGAUGAAGCCUUAAAACUUAUUGAGCAACCAGAAUUAAACAAUAAAGUAGACAUGGUUUGGAUAGUAGGAGGCAGUUCUGUUUAUAAGAUACCCAGGUGUGCUCUCUGAGGUCCAGGAGGAAAAGGGCAUUAAGUACAAAUUUGAAGUAUACGAGAAGAUUGAUUAAUAUAAAGAUGUUUUCUGGUUUAUUUCAAGUUGUGCCAAACCCUUCUCCCCUUAAAAUUAAUGUAUUUUUACAUUGGAAAAAGACAUAUAUUUACUUUAGAUCUAUAAUUUUUUUGUUUGCUUAUGUGUUUUCUUGCAUGCUUGUUUUAUGGUUCUAGAGAUCAAGCACAGGACCUCACACAUGGUAGGUUUGCACGCUACUACCCAGUCACAGUCUUAGCCACUGGAUAAUUAUAUCUAAGCAGUAUGUUUUUAUUCCUCAUUAAUAUUAGGGAGGUUAUAUUAAAUACCACUUAGGAAACAUCUCUUGGCAUAACUGGCUCAGCACCCUUGCUCCAAGGCCAGAACUGACUUCCUCCCAAUACCUGCUCAAGGCAACAUAUCUAUCUGCAAAAAGGCCUGAAGUGGAAGAGUGCCCUGGGAACAUGAGUUAAUGUAAGGGCCCACAGAGAUAGGAACUAGAUAGAUAAGUCUAUAGGGCAGGGACAGGAACAGAGAGCUAUAACUCACAUUUUUAACAGAAAAUUAGGUCAGAGUUGGGCAUGUGAAUUAUUCUGUGCACAUCACACUUCUGAACAAAGUUCUUUUGACUUAGACAGGGACUCAGUAAAUUGAGAACUCCAUUAUUAUCUAUAGGGCUGGUCAAGAAACAGAAGGAGAUUACCUAAGAAGCACUAUGAGACCUGUGAAAUUUCUUUCUAAUCUUUUGUGGGAUUCGAGGGCCACUGUGGUAAUGUUCUUUACCCAAAAGAGAGCAAUAAAAAUGAUAGCUGCAGUUAAAAA